AUGGGCUAUACUGGAAGAUCUGGACCUUUGGGUCCACCAGGAAGUCCUGGACUAAAGGGGGAGUCUGGAGAUAUUGGUCCUCAGGGGUCAAGAGGACCUCAGGGCUUGUCCGGACCUCCAGGAAAAGCAGGAAGACGAGGUCGCUCUGGUGCUGAUGGGGCUCGUGGUCUGCCUGGUGAAUUUGGCAGCAAGGGUGAGAGGGGUUUUGAUGGACUGCCCGGAUUGCCGGGGGAGAAAGGUAACCGGGGAGAUUCUGGAACUCAGGGUCCUAUGGGUCCACCAGGAGAAGACGGAGAGAGGGGAGGCGAUGGAGACGUCGGACCUCGUGGACUCCCCGGUGAACCAGGAGUCCGGGGGUUACUUGGACCUAAAGGCCCACCUGGUGUCCCAGGCCCAAAUGGAGUAAGAGGUAUGGAUGGGCAGGUGGGACCAAAGGGAAAUCUGGGCCCACAAGGUGAGCCAGGCCCCCCUGGACAGCAAGGAGCCCCAGGAACACAGGGUCUUUCUGGGCCACAGGGUCCAGUGGGUCCUCCAGGAGAGCAGGGCCCAAGCGGCAAGCCUGGCCUUCCUGGAAUUCCAGGUUCCGAUGGACCUCCUGGUCAUCCUGGCAAAGAGGGUUAUUCAGGCACUAAGGGAAACCAGGGUCCACUUGGUCCACAAGGUACUAUUGGCUAUCCUGGGCCUCGAGGUGUGAAGGGAAUUGAUGGAAUCAGGGGCCUUAAAGGACACAAAGGAGAGAAGGGUGAAGAGGGUUUCCCUGGAUUCAAAGGUGACAUGGGUGUAAAGGGUGAUAAGGGUGAGGGUGGAGUUCCAGGCUCAAGAGGCGAGGAUGGCUCUGAGGGUCCUAAGGGAAGAUCGGGCCCCCAUGGUGACCCAGGUCCCCUUGGAUUGUUGGGUGAGAAGGGCAAGCUGGGUGUUCCAGGUCUGCCAGGCUACCCAGGACGUCAAGGGACGAAGGGAUCUCUCGGCUUCCCAGGAUUCCCAGGGGCCAACGGAGAGAAGGGAGCACGGGGUUUGUCUGGAAAACCAGGUCCAAGAGGAGAGAGGGGCCCUUCGGGACCCAGGGGACAGAGAGGACCAAGAGGAGCCACAGGAAAAUCUGGACCAAAGGGUACAUCUGGUGGUGAUGGUCCAUCAGGGCCACCCGGAGAGAGAGGUCUUCCUGGACCACAAGGUUCUAAUGGGUUCCCAGGACCAAAAGGACCUCCCGGUCCUCCUGGUAAAGAUGGAAUCCCUGGACAUCCUGGACAGAGAGGAGAAGUGGGUUUCCAAGGUAAAAUUGGAACCACUGGACCUCCAGGCGUUGUGGGACCUCAGGGUUCUGCAGGAGAAUCUGGUCCUAUGGGAGAGAGAGGACAUCCUGGCCCACCUGGACCUCCAGGAGAGCAAGGAUUGGCAGGCCCGUCUGGAAAAGAAGGUACCAAGGGAGACCCUGGAACUGUUGGUGUUCUUGGUAAAGAUGGACCUGCUGGUUUAAGAGGUUUCCCCGGAGAAAGAGGCCUGCCUGGUACACCAGGCGGUCCAGGUCUGAAGGGUAACGAAGGUCCAGCAGGUCCACCUGGCCCUGCAGGAUCUCCAGGAGAAAGAGGUGGACCAGGCCAAGGUGGACCAAUUGGGCCUCCUGGACGACCAGGCCCUCAGGGACCAGCAGGUGCUUCCGGAGAAAAGGGUGUACCAGGAGAGAAAGGACCAAUUGGGCCUGCUGGGAGAGAUGGUUUGCAAGGGCCCGUGGGUCUUCCUGGACCGGCUGGGCCUCCUGGAGUCUCUGGAGAAGAUGGUGACAAGGGUGAAGUUGGAGAACAUGGUCAGAAAGGAGCCAAGGGUAACAAGGGAGAACAUGGUCCUCCAGGUCCUCCUGGUCCUAUUGGCCCUGUGGGACAGCCAGGUACUCCGGGUUCUGAUGGAGAGCCUGGUCCCCGUGGGCAGCAGGGAAUAUUUGGAGCAAAAGGAGAUGAAGGUACUCGUGGAUUCCCAGGAUCUCCUGGACCUAUUGGAUUGCAGGGAUUACCAGGACCAGCUGGAGAGAAGGGAGAGACUGGAGAUGUUGGACCUAUGGGCCCACCCGGACCACCUGGACCACGUGGACCUGCUGGCCCAUCUGGAGCUGAUGGUCCACAAGGUCCUCCUGGUGGAAUUGGAAACUUGGGACCUCAAGGAGAGAAGGGUGAACCUGGUGAGACAGGUGUUCCUGGUAUCCAAGGAGAACCUGGACCUAAGGGACCACGUGGAGACAGAGGUGAAAAGGGAGAGUCUGGUCAACCUGGUGACCCUGGACCCCCAGGUGGAAAAGGACCUGUUGGUGACGAUGGACCUAAAGGAAAUCCAGGUCCUGUAGGUUUCCCUGGAGAUCCCGGACCCCCUGGAGAGAUGGGACCUAGAGGACAAGAUGGUGCAAAGGGUGAAAGAGGAGAAGAUGGAGAACAAGGAGAGGCGGGAUCUCCUGGUCCAACUGGUGAGAAUGGACCCCCUGGACCUCCCGGCAAGAGAGGUCCUGCUGGUCCACCUGGCCCUGAAGGACGUGGAGGGGAAAAAGGAGCUAAGGGAGAGGCUGGAGCUUUGGGACCUCAAGGAAAGACAGGUGCUGUUGGACCUCAGGGACCUGCAGGAAAACAAGGUCCCGAAGGACUGAGAGGCUUGCCUGGUGCUGUGGGUGAACAAGGUCGUCCCGGUGCAACAGGUCAAGCCGGACCUCCAGGUCCAGUGGGACCUCCUGGGUUGCCAGGCUUGAAGGGAGAUACUGGAGCUAAAGGAGAGAAGGGUCACCCAGGACUUAUUGGUCUUAUUGGUCCAACUGGAGAGCAAGGAGAGAAAGGAGACAGAGGCCUUCCAGGACCACAUGGGACAACAGGACAGAAAGGAGAGCCUGGUAUUUCUGGUGUCACUGGUCCUAUCGGUCCAGGUGGAUCUGCUGGCCCCCCUGGUCCUCUAGGUCCUAAGGGAGCUAAAGGAGCCACGGGACAAGCUGGACCCAAGGGACAGAAGGGAAUACAAGGUCCUCCAGGUCCUCCGUUCAUGCAUCCUCAACAGGGCCCACCAGGGGAGGCCAUCCAGCCACUGCCUUUCCAGAUGCCCAAGAAGAAUAAACGUUCCAUUGAUGCCAGUCAGAUCAUGGCAGAAGAGUCGGCUGUAGAGUAUACUGAUGGCAUGGAGGAAAUCUAUGGAUCUCUUAAUGCUAUAAAGAAAGACAUUGAGUUAUUCAGAGCACCAAAGGGUACAAAGGAACACCCGGCUCGGACAUGCCAGGACCUUCAAUUGUCCCAUCCAGAUCUUCCAGAUGGUGAAUACUGGAUUGAUCCUAACAAGGGCUGUGCACGAGACUCCUUCAAAGUCUUCUGUAACUUCACUGCGGGGGCAGAGUCUUGCAUCUUACCCAGCAAGCGCAUUGAGAAGUUCUCUUUUGUGGACUUAGAUGAUAAUCCCAUUGGUGUUGUCCAACUGACCUUCCUUCGCCUCCUAAGUGUGGGUGCUCGCCAGAACUUCACAUAUCACUGCCAUCGCUCUGCUGCCUGGCACCUAGCCUCAGGCGACACCUAUCAAAAGGCAUUGCACUUCAUGGGCUCCAAUGAUGAGGAUCUCUCCUUCCACACAAGUCCAUACAUCAAGGCCCUCAGAGAUGGCUGUGCGGUGAGUAAAGGGGAACAUAGGAUCUAUGUACAGAAAACAGCAUUGGUUUUAUUUAUAGAUCCAAGGGUAUCAAUGGGGCACAACCUUCUUGAAGUGUUGACUAUGAGCGUUGGUGCAGAGGGUUAG